UCUUCUUUUUUUUUUUUUUUUUUUUUCUUUAUUCUUUUUCUUUCCACGGUUGCUUAAUUCCAAUGCCAUCGUGAUCGAUUCAUCUCUCUCUCUCUCUCUUUCUUCCAAUUUUCCCUUAAAACCCUAAUUUUUCAGAUAUCUAAUUAUCUGUUUAUUUAUCUCGAAUCUCGAAAUCGGAGCAACUCUCUUUCUACUCGAUUUGUUCCCAUAAAAACCCUUACUUUCUUCAAGUUCUGGUUCACCGAUUGAUGGGUCGUGGCUCAGUGACGUCGCUUGCUCCUGGGUUCCGUUUUCACCCAACGGACGAGGAACUUGUUCGCUACUACCUUAAGCGCAAGGUCUGCAACAAACCCUUUAAGUUCGAUGCUAUUUCCGUCACCGACAUAUACAAAUCCGAGCCUUGGGAUCUACCAGAUAAGUCUAAGCUGAAAAGUAGAGACUUGGAAUGGUACUUCUUUAGUAUGCUGGAUAAGAAAUACAGUAAUGGUUCAAAGACGAAUCGUGCGACGGAGAAAGGGUAUUGGAAGACGACUGGCAAGGAUCGGGAGAUUCGUAAUGGUUCAAGAGUCGUUGGGAUGAAGAAGACACUUGUUUAUCACAAGGGUCGAGCUCCUCGUGGUGAAAGGACCAAUUGGGUUAUGCACGAGUAUAGGCUUUCUGAUGAGGACUUGAAGAAAGCUGGUGUGCCGCAAAAGGAAGCAUAUGUGUUAUGUAGGAUAUUCCAGAAAAGUGGUACGGGUCCUAAGAAUGGGGAGCAGUACGGUGCUCCGUUUCUUGAGGAGGAGUGGGAAGAAGAUGCAAUGACUUAUGUACCAGAUCAAGAUUCUUUCAGUGAAGGAUUGGCUGUUGAUGAUGAUGUUUAUGUUGAUAUUGAUGACAUUGACGAGAAGCCCGAGAAUCUGGUGGUCUAUGAUGCCGUUCCAAUUCUACCUAACUACUGUCAUGGAGAAUCCAGCAACAAUGUUGAAUCAGGCAAUUACUCAGACUCUGGAAAUUACAUUCAACCAGGAAACUACGUUGUCGACUCUGGUGGCUACUUUGAACAACCAAUUGAAACUUUUGAGGAAGAUCAGAAGCCUAUCAUACGGGAUGGUAGCAUUCAGCCUUGUUCUCUGUUUCCAGAGGAACAAAUUGGCUGUGGUGUGCAAGACGAGAAUGCAGUGAAUCUGGAAUCUUCCAACAAUAAUGUGUUUGUGGCUGAUACAUGCUACAGUGACAUUCCUAUUGAUACUAACUAUUUGCCCGAUGAGCCAUUUAUGGAUCCUAACAACAAUCUUCCACUCAACGAUGGUCUGUACCUGGAAACGAAUGAUCUCAGCUGUGCUCAGCAAGAUGAUUUUAACUUCGAAGAUUAUCUCAACUUCUUUGAUGAUGAGAGUUUCACUCUUGAUGAUUCUCAAUUAAUGGGACCUGAAGCUGCUCUUCCCAACCUAGAAGGCCUUGAUCAGAAACCUACCCCUGAAGAACUGGAGAAGGAGGUCGCAGGAGGCAAAGAGGCGGUGGAGGAAAAGGAAAGUGGCGAAGGAUCUUCAUCAAAACAAGAUGCAGAUGUCAAGGACUUUGAUUCAGCUUCGAAGUACCCUUUUCUCAAGAAGACAAGCCACAUGCUUGGAGCCAUUCCUACUCCAUCUUCAUUUGCUUCACAGUUCCAAACAAAGGACGCUGCAAUGCGGCUACACGCAGCACAAUCUUCUGGUUCAGUUCACGUGACUGCAGGUAUGAUCAGAAUAUCAAACAUGACUCUAGCAGCGGACAGCGGUAUGGGCUGGUCAUAUGACAAGAACGGUAACCUCAACGUAGUCCUUUCAUUCGGGGUAGUCCAACGGGAUGAUGCGCUGAGUGCCUCGGGAAGCAAGACAGAGACUACGGCGACAAGAGCUAUGUUAGUCUUCAUGUGUUUAUGGGUUCUUCUACUCUCUGUUAGCUUCAAAAUAGUAACCAUGGUGUUUGCUCGGUAAUAGGACCAAAAGUCAAAUCGUCUCAAAAAGACUUUUUGGUGUUUGUACCUCUCCAACUAUAUAGCCUUUACUUUGGCAGUGCUUUGCUGCUCCAUAUUUAAAUUUUUAUUUCUAAGGGUUUUGUGUAGUUUGAAAUUCUCUUCUAGAAAUAAGAACAUAACAACUUUUUUAUGACAAUUGUUAUUUGAUCCA